GUGACAAAAAUGGCGGAGAGAAAUUGUUGAUUUUACAAAUGUCAUCUAAAAGAGGUCCAAAUGAGAGGCCACCAGGUGGCGAGUCGGGUAAAGAUGGGUCGAUGUACAGUAAACAUGCUACUUUACUGCCAAUCUCGACCAGGGCGGCCCCGCUUUGGACUAGACAGAUGAUGGCUUAUUCAGGACAUGGCUUUCCUAGCAGUGAUAUGUAUCAGGGAGACCGGAGAGCGGAGGGUGGUGGCCGCGAAGAUACGCGGGGCGAUCCUACACCACCGCAGUUCAUGCAACUGCACCGCAGACAGAGGCUUACGAUGUUGCCUGAGCAGUAUCACCACCAGAGCCAGGCAGCAGCAAGUGCCGACAGGGACGCGCUGUACCGGUACGGAGGCCACUACGAUCAGCAACCGCAGCAGCAACAUCAGCAGCAGCAACAACAGCAGCAGCAACAGCAGCAGCAGGAGAGUAGCGGUGCGAGCGGUCACAUGUACACGCCGAGCCAGCCGGAGUACAAGCGACCGCGGCUGUCCGUUGAGCAGCCGCGCACGGACUACAGCCAGCCACUGCGCAUCGAGACGCAUGACGCCGUCGAAGUGAAGAAGGGUGAGAUGGAGCAGGGUCGCAGUCAGGACAAGCCGGCUAGCCCCGAACCGCAGCUGAACGAUAACAAGCCACAGAGUAUUGCUCAGAUCAUAUACGCCGAAAACAGGCGGAAAGCAGAGGCCGCCCACUCUCUGCUGGAGACUCUAGGACCGAAGGUGGAGCUGCCGCUCUACAAUCAACCAUCAGACACGGCCGUCUAUCACGAGAACAAGAGAAAGUUUUUAAUGAUUAAGAAGAGACUCGUCUUGUUCUUCAAGAAGCGUCACCAAGCCAGAAAAAUUCGUGAACGAUAUUUGUCGGAGCGAUAUGACCAGUUGAUGCAGGGUUGGGUGAAGAAGAUGGAACGCAUAGAAAAUAGCACCAAGCGGAAGGGGAAGGAUGAGGUGAGGGCAAAGGACUUCCUCAAGCACUUCCCCGAGCUGAAGAAGCAGCGGGAUGAGAAGGAGCGAUUCUGCCGUGCGGGGAAGGGUACCGGCAUGCCGUACUACGCGCGCAGCGAGGCCGAAAUGGAACAGAUCAUGGACUGCAUACACGAACAGGAGGAGGAGGACAGGAAGAUGCGCAGCCUGUCGGUGAUUCCUCCGAUGAUGCUGGACGCUCGACAGAGGAAGCUCGUCUUCACCAACAACAACGGUCUCAUCGAGGACAUGAAGGUCGCCUACAAGGAACGCCAGCACCUCAACAUCUGGAUGCCGCAGGAGAAGGGACUCUUCAAGGAGAAGUUCCUCCAGCAUCCGAAGAACUUCGCUCUCAUCGCGUCCUAUCUGGAGCGGAAGAGUGUGAGGGAUUGCAUUCUGUUCUACUAUCUGAGUAAGAAGAAUGAGAACUACAAGCGUCCGAAGCCUCGGCCGAGACCGGGACCGAGGAAAAAGACGAGGGUUAUCGAACCGGAGGCGGUGCACGAGUCCGUCGUGCCGGUCUUACCACCGGGUCCGAUGAUCAGCCAGCCGGGUGUGGCCAUCAAGCAGGAGGAGCACCAAGUGAACAUCAAGCAAGAGGAGAACAUUGCCACGACUACGAUCGGCGGAGAGAUGACGGGAGCCGAGAUGGGCCGAGACGAGGCGUGCCUGAAGAAGGAAGAAGAUGUAAAGGAGAGAGGAGACAACACUGAGCAGCAGCAGCAGGGCGAGGAGCUGGGAGAGGCGGAAAGGCAGGAGGGUGGAGGAGGUGAUGGAGGACUGGAGGAGGAGGUGGGGAAGCGAGGGGAAGAUGGCGAGGCCGAUGGAAUGGUGUGCGCUGUCUGCAAGUCCCCGCUGGGACAGUACGACCUCAGCCGGCCGCUCACCCGAACCAACUGUGAGCAGUACGGACUGCCGCCGGAGCAGAUCACGGCCGACUCGCGCGUGUGCACCACGUGCAGGUGUCGCUCCGUGCGUCGCCGCUACACGCAGUGCCCCGUGCAGAGCUGCAAGACUCCGAAGAGGAAGGUGAAGCGAUUGCGUCCACUGCCGGCGAAGUGGGCCGAGCUGAAUCGCGACAUCAAGCAACCUAUCGUCGACGACCUCCAGAUUCCGGCGGAGUGCACAAAGUGCUGCUCAGCUUGUUUCAAUAGAAUUGCGCGGCGCAUGGGGAGCGGUAGUGAGAACGUUGCUCCGGAAUCCUCAGAUCAUGAUGGAAUGGAAACUUCUCGCUGGACGGAACAGGAGAUAGAGAUGACCAAGAAAGGAAUGAAGGAGCACGGAAGAAACUGGAUGAUAGUUGCCAACCUUGUUGGCACCAAGACCGAGUCGCAGUGUCGAAAUUUCUACCUGAACAACAAGCGAAAGAUGGGUCUCGACACAAUCGUUCAGGAGUACAAGCGCAAGAAGGCGGUAGAGAGGAGACGCAGGCAGGCGUCGGAGAGCGUCGUUUCAACAGCGCCCUCUGACGACGACAUGUCUGGUGAUUCGAGCGAGGAGGACAACGGGCCGGACGAUGACAUGAAUAGCAGUGACACUGCCAGUGUCCCCAGUCCCGGAUCACGUAAGUCGAAAGAGAGCGAGUGCGAGGGAAUGAAGCCUGAUAGCCUGACCGAGGACAGAGCCGCCAUCGCUGGAGGCAGGAGGAACCCCAGCGAGAGAACAGAGGGCGCUGGCAACACGCCCGAGCUGGGCGAACAAAAUCUCGGUGACAACCCGGGCGUGAACACGUCUCAGAAGAGCGACUGCGACAGCAGCGCCACCCAGAGUGCUGACGAGAUCCAGCCGCUCAUCGAACAAGCGGACAGCUCUCAGCAGCCGACGCCGGGUGGUAGUGCUGGCGAUCAGCUGCACGCGGACGCCCCGUGGCAUCAGUACAUGACGGUGCCGCGAGCGAGACAGCAGCCACUACAGAGCUACGCCGGCGCCAUCAACCCAGACGCGCUGCCGAUACCAGUUUCGCGAAGUACCGCCAGCCCAAGGACCCAAUCGACGUCCGCGCCGGUUUCUCAAGGCCACAGCAAGACCCCAGCACAACAGAGCGAUGCCGCAGAGCAGCACAAGAAGUACAAGGGUGAGGCGUGCAUCGCCGACAUCAUUGACAUCAUGAUCGACAAGAACCUGCGCGAGGACCCGCCCAACCUGCCCGUGACGACCAACAAGCUCUUCUACCAGUUCAUGAAGGAGGACAAGCGGAAGGAGGAAGCGCCGAAGCAGCCGCAGCAGGAGCCGGCGAGGGAGAGUGUGCGCUCGGCGGACCGCGGCGGCGGCGGCGGCGGCGGCGGUGGGCUGGGUCUGUUUCGGCACGAUCUGUACCAGCAGCAGAAGCCACCGGACGCUGACGAUGUCUCUAAGCAUCGACAGGACGGCCGGCUGAUGACCGAAGGACGCGGCAUGGAUGUACGCAGCAUGGAUGGACGUGUUAUGGAUGGGCGCGGCAUGGAGGGACGCGGCAUGGAAGGACGUGGCAUGGAUGGACGUGGCAUGGAGGGACGCGGCAUGGAAGGACGUGGCAUGGAUGGACGUGGCAUGGAGGGACGUGGCAUGGAUGGACGCGGCAUGGAGGGACGUGGCAUGGAGGGACGUGUCAUGGAUGGACGCAGCAUGGAUGGACGUGUUAUAGAUGGACGUUCCAUGGAGGGACGCGGCAUGGAUGGACGUGGCAUGGAUGGACGUUCCAUGGAGGGGCGUGCAAUAGAUGGACGUUCCGUGGAAGGACGUGGCAUGGAGGGACGCGGCAUGGAGGGGCGCGCAAUGGAUGGACGUUCCAUGGAAGGACGUGGCAUGGAGGGACGCGGCAUGGAUGGACGAGGCAUGGAGGGUCGUGUCAUGGAAGGACGUGUCAUGGAUGGACGUGGCAUGGAAGGACGCGGCAUGAGCGACGCGCGGGGCUUGGACGUGCGUAUGAUGGGCGAGGCGCGCGCGAUGGCCGACAUGCGGGCGGCGAUGCCGGACGGCCGCACGAUCGGCGAGGCGCGCGACGUCUUCGGCCGCGUCUCGUCCGAGGACGCCAUCCGCCAGCGCAUCAUGCAGGUGCUGAUGCCACCGCCGCCCGCGCACACGCAGCCGUUCGUGCCGCGCAGCGACCCGCGCCACCCAAUCAACGCCGAGGGCAUCUCCGCCGCGCUCCUCGAGGCCCACCAGAGGGAGCAGCAGCAGCGCGACGCGGCGGCGCGUGCCAAGUCGCCGACGUCGACGCCGCCGUCGCUUAUCCGCGAGAAGACGUCGCCGGCGCCGCAGCAGCAGCCGGCGCGGCCGCACGUCCCCAAGCCGGCGAAGACGUCCAACCUGCCGCCGACGCCGCCGCUCAUCGCGACGACGAAGGCGGCGCCCCCUGGCAAGCCGGAGAAGCACGUCGGCGGCAUGCUGCCGGGCGCGCACGCGUACCACCAGCACAUGGCCGGCAAGCAGGAGAAGCCUCAGGGCGGCUCAAUCAUGCAGGGCACGCCCGUGUACCACGCGGCGGUGGCGGCGGCGGCGGCGGGCGGCGCGGGGGAGACGGCGGCGCUUUACAAGGCGCAGCACGAGGCGAUGCUGCGGCAGGCGCAGCCCGUGCGCUCCGACUCGGGCUCGAUCACGCGCGGCACGCCUGUGUCGCAUGGCGCGCGCGCGCAGGCGGCGGCGGCGGCGGCCGGCAUGGCGGGCAUGUACCCGUUCAUCCGGCCCGGCAUGCCGAUGGUGUACGACGCGGCGAUGCUCGAGCAGAUGUACCGGCAGCACCAGUUCUACCCCGGUCCGCUCACCGCCGCGUACGUCCAACACCAGUACGCCGCCAAGGACUCUCCCUUCGAGAGCUCGCGGCACACGCUGAUGGCCGACUACGUGACGUCGCAGCAGAUGCAGGCGCGGCGCGGCGGCGCCACCACGCCGCAGGACAAGGACGGGCGCACGGCGUCGCCGCGCAGCCAGCCGCCGCCGACUAGUGUGCCGCAGGGCGCGCUCGCGUCGGCCAUGUACUACAUGACGCCGCAGGGGCCCGUGCUCGUGCCCUCGCCGCAGGUGCCGCUGCCCGAGCCGGGGCAGGUCGUGCGCACGCCGCCGCUGCCGCCGCAGCACGCGGAUGCGCGCGACGAGCCGCCAUUGCCGCGCGACGCGUGGCCGACGCGCGCGCAGCCGCUGCACGCCGGCGACCGCAAGGCGGAGUACGCGAGCCCGUCGCCGCAGCGGCAGAACGUGAUCACGCAUCGCAGCAUCAUCACGGGCACGGUGAUUCACGCGCCGAAGGCCGGCUCGCCGCGCGGACACGACGCGGGUAAGGCGGCGGGCGAGCGCUACAGCCCCGCGGCGGCCGGCAGCCGCAAGAGCGUGUCGCCGCAGGCCGGCUGGGGCGCGAUGGCGCACGCUGUCGUCUCGCCGCGCAGCUACGCCGACGGCUACGUGGCGGCCGACGUCGCCGCGCAGGAGCGAGAGCGCAUGGCCGAGCGCGAGCGCCAGGAGGCGCUGGUGAAGCGGCAGCAGGAGGCGAUCGGCCGCGGCAUGUACUGGCACCCGGCGAUGGAAGCGGCGGCGGCGGCGGCGGAGCGCGGGAAGCGUGGCGACGAUGGCGGCGGCGCGGAGCAGCGAUGGCGGCUCGAGGAGGAGGAGCGGAGGCUGUGGGAGGCUCGCGAGGAGCGGGCCGCGCAGCAGCAGGCCGCCGCAGCAGCAGCUGCCGCAGAGAAGGAGCGGCAGGAGCGCAGCAAGGCCGAGCUCCAGCUGCAGCAGCAGCAGCAGCAGCAGCAGCAACAGCAGCCGCGCGACCACACGUGGCCGAUGGGGGCGCCACCGCCACCACGGCCGGGCAGCGGGGCGAGCGGCGGGCGUCCGUCGGACCGCGAGCCGGGAGAGAUCGACCGCAUCAUGCCCGGCUACAAGAAGGAGGACGGUGGCAAGCCUGCAGGGGCCGCCGCCGCCGCCGCGGCGACCGCAGCGGUCGGCGACGCUGGGAGCACGCGCACCGCCGCAGACCUCAUCGACGCCAUCAUCAACCAGCAGAUGAACCGCGGCUCGCACGCCGACGAACAGCCGCAGAGGGCGCCACGCGGCGGCGGCGGCGGCGGCCUGCGGCAGCAGUUCACCGACAUCGCGGCGGCGCAGAACAAGCGCAAGAGCCCCGAGGGCGGGCACGCCGACACGCAGCUGUCGCCGUACAAGCGGCCGCAGUAUCACAAGCUCGACCCGCUGCGCGCCAAGCACAUGGAAGCGGAUGUCGCCAGCAGCAGCAGCGGCAGCGGCGCCCCCGCCGAAUACCGGGAACCGCCGGCGCCCUCUACCUCGGACGGAAAGGCGGGCGGCAGCGGCGGGGGUCCGGGGCAGAACGCGAUUCACAGCAAGACGAUCACGCUAGGCGAGCACAUAGAGGCGAUCAUCACGCAGGACUACCGACGCGUCGCGCCGAUGCCCAGCGAGCCGGCAGGGGGCGCCGCUAACCAGGCGGAGACGGCGAAGCGCAAGGCCGAGGCCGACCUGCAGAAGAACAUCAUCAGUUCCCGCAUCCAGAGCCUGCUGCACGCCGACAGCAUGCGUGCAGGGGGCGCCACCGAGCCGCCGAGGAAGGGAGACGACGCACGGCCGACGAGCCAGCAGCAGCCGGCUCCUGCGAGCUCAGGGCCGGCCAUGCACGGCUGGAAGCUGAGGAUGGCUCUGCAGCAAGAGGAGCAGAAGGGCAGAGAGCAGGCGCAGCCCGACGAACGAUCGAUCAUCCGCAUCGCUCCCAGCACCUCUCCCCGUGGAGGCGGCGGCGGCGGCGGAGGAGGCGAGGGGUCGCGGGACGGGCUGUCGACCAGCAGGGAUGGUCUCCGCGCCUCGCCGCAGGAUUCACCGUCGCAGAUGGCGAGCUACGGCAUCGAGCCGAUCUCGCCGCCAGAUGCCUCGGCGAGCAGCAGCAGCGGCGACUCGUGUCUCGCGCGAUCCGACGUCUCGCAGUCGACCCACAGCACGAUGCACGGCGCGUGGCCGUCGAGCGGAGGCGGGGGCGUGCCCGCGCCGCGACACCACGCGAUGAUGCAGGGCCAGCCGGAUAGCACAGAGGGCAGAGGUAUGGGCCGCUCAUUGGCACCAGGGGGCGCAGCACGCAGUAGCCCCGGCAACAGGAUGUCAGCGAUGGACUACAUGUCGAAUCGCAUCGUCGAGGUGGUACGCUACAACAAUGAGAUGGGCGAGGGCAGGCUACCAGGCAGCCGGGCCAAUCAGAGUCAAGCAUCGGCUUACUCGGAAGACGCGAGGAGAAGGAUGCUGGGAGAACAGCCAGAGCCAUCUGCAGUUGGGAACGGAAGCGAUCGAAUCGGCUCGUCUAGCACUGACCAACAGGAGCACCGCCCCAUGCAGUUGUCCCCUCGACAGGGUUCGCCGCGACAGUCGUCCCCGCGCCAGAUCUCGCCUCCAGGGGGCGCCCACAAGCCGGUGAUGUCUCGCAAGGCGGCGCUGCUGAAGGGCGUGUCGUCGGCGCGUCGGGCCGGGUCCGUCUCGCCGAACAGCAGUGAGGGCAUGGGCUCCGGCCGGUACAUGGAGCCUGCUCUAGCCGACCCCUAUAACAGGCUGCUGCCGACCGCCGCUGUGCACGACGCUGAGAGCUCGAGUCCGCGCGCUUCCGCCUACCACGACCCGGAGAGCUCCAGCCCUCGCGCGUUCCAUCCCGGAUCGUCCCCGAGUUCGCGCGCGACGCAGCGGCCGUCGUCGACGCCGAGCCCUCGCGCGCUCCAGCAUCCGACGUCGUCGCCGAGCCCCCGUGUAACAAUCGAUGGGUGUGUCAGUAAUCGCGAUUCGGAUCGGUGUGAGUGCUGCACGGUGAGGUCAGACAUCGACAGGACGUCCUGGAGUUUCGUUGGCUCGAGCCACGCGGCUGAGCACAGCAGGACGGGUCAGGAGCCGGAGGUCUCGGACAGCAGUGCAGCCACCGAGGGUUGCCCCCAGCCGAGCAGCCACGAAGCCAGUCCAGGUGUCGGUGCGGCGGAGAGCUCGACUGCGGGGAAGCCUUCGAGCCACGCCGCGGCAGCCGAAGGUGAGGUGUCGCAGACCGGCGAUGCAGACAGCCCCGGCUCGGGGGACAUGGUCAUCGACGAGGGACCGAAUAGCGAUAUAGGGAGCAGCAGCUGCAAGGUCGACCCGAUAUCGUCCGGCGACGACUCCAACUCCGCUAACAUUUCGACAUCCCAGCAACACACCGGGGUGCAGGGGCAGGGCUACCAGCCCCGUUUCGGCGGCGCACCGAUGGGACAACCAAACAGCAGUCAGCCACAGCCGUCCAACAUUACCCUGGGACACUACCACAGCUCUGCUUCAACCUCAGGUGCGGCGCGCGAGUCAGCGUGGCGCCACGCCCCGUGUGUGUGGAGAGGAUGUGAGGCGUGA